GUCGCUUCUGGGUUUGUCACGGCCCUACCAGCCCUGCGAGCGCUGGCGCUCCGCGCAGGACGUCUCGGUAUUUGGCCGGUCCUGCAGUGCGCAGAGGACGCGGCGCGGCCAUGUACCGGCUCUUGAGCCGUAGCCUGUGCCGAGACUUUUGGCGGGCCGCGGGGCGGUGCCGGGUCUGUCCGGCGCACUUGCUGCCGGGGCCGGCCGCGGGUAGGGCACCCGAGGUGGCGAUGCCGCCAGCCCGAGUCGCGCCGCCGGGCAGGAGCUCCGGCCUGCUGCCGCUGCUGGCAGGGCUGGCGUGGUUCUCGAGGCCCGCCGCAGCGGAGGAGGAGGAGGAAGAGCAGCGGCAGGGAGCGGGCGCGGCGGCCGCCGAGGGUGCGGCGGACGAGACCGAGGCGGAGAUCAUCCUGCUGCUGAAGCGAGCCAAGUUGAGCAUCAUGAAAGAUGAGCCAGAAGAGGCUGAGCUAAUUUUGCAUGACGCGCUUCGUCUUGCCUAUCAAAGCAAUAAUAAGAAGGCCAUCACUUACACUUAUGAUUUGAUGGCCAACUUAGCAUUUAUACGGGGUCAGCUUGAAAAUGCGGAAAAACUUUUUAAAGCAACAAUGAGCUACCUGCUUGGAGGGGGCAUGCAACAGGAAGACAAUGCAAUAAUUGAAAUCUCUCUAAAGUUGGCUAGUAUCUAUGCCGCUCAGAAUAGACACGACUUUGCUCUUGCUGGCUAUGAAUUCUGCAUUUCAACUCUAGAGGAAAAAAUUGAAAGAGAAAAGGAAAUAGCAGAAGACAUUUUGUCAGUGGAAGAAAAAGCCAAUACCCACCUCCUCCUUGGCAUGUGCUUAGAUGCCUACGCUCGCUACCUCCUGUUGUCCAAGCAUCCGUCACAGGCACAAAGGAUGUAUGAAAAAGCUUUGCAUAUUUCUGAAGAAAUACUAGGAGAAACACACCCACAGACCAUCGUGCUGAUGAGUGACCUGGCUACCAGCCUAGAUGCUCAGGGCCACUCGGAUGAGGCCUGUGCCUACGUGCAAAGGGCAUCGGAUCUGGCAAGACAAACAGAACACCCCGAGCUGCACAUGGUGCUCAGCAACCUGGCUGCGAUUCUCAUGCAUAGAGAACGAUAUGCACAAGCAAAAGAGAUCUACCAGGAAGCACUGAAGCAGGCAGAGCUGAAAAGAGAUGAGGUUUCUAUACAGCACAUCAGGGAAGAAUUGGCUGAGCUGUCCAGAAAAACUAGACCUUUGACUUAAAUCCGUCAAGCUCUAAAUUCCUUUUUGUUGCAGGGAAUUUCCAGUAACAGCUUAUAAUUCCAGUCCAGUGGCACCCAAAUCAGUGGCUUAAAUCAGUGAUUUUCAACCCGUGCGCCACAAGAUUUUUUACAACAUGCACUACCUGCCUGUGUAGUCAGGGGUACUGACCUCUUUCCCUUUGACUGUGAAGUAAAAAAAUGACACCAGUCAACACAACAAUAGCUGACUGGUGUGAAUGAAUCAAAACUAUACCCAUAUUUUUUGUCAGGUUGGUGAAAAAUAAAAUUUUUUGAUGUGUUGCAGAAUUUUAGUAGUUGGUUUAUGUGCGCCACGAGGUGAAAAAGGUUGAAAAUCGCUGGCUUAAAUCCUUUAUCUUCGGUAUAUCCCCAAUUUAGACUCAGUGAAAGAGAAGUUAAUACACUGCCGCUUCUGUUUUCUCAAGGACAAUCAGCUCUCACCCCGACUGAUUCUGACUCUAAGGGCGCCAGGUGGCGCCUUCAGCUGCAGCGUGCGCUCAGGCGAGUCCGCGCUGCUCUAAAUGCGGGCCUCUCCGCCCGUAAAGUUCUGGUCUAUUGAUUUGUUGCCCUCUUUUCUUUUUAUCAAUAUCUGGAAGACCAGCGCUACCUGUCUCAUACCAAAAAGGGGAUUAUGGUGAGUCAUGGCUCUUACAAUCUACUUCAUGAAGCCCAGUGUGGGGUGAAUGCAUAGAGGAAGAGAAAAGCAACAUCCUUGUCAAAUCUGAGCACUCCACUUCCUUUGCAACCCAGGUCAUGGAACAGUCGUCUGAGGAGCUCUUUCAAGAAAUGCGUGCCUAAGCUGCACCCAAAAGCCUUCUUCCUCAGGGCUCGGCUGGGCUGGGCCCCCCAGGUAUAGGGCUUAAAACCUUCCCAGUAGUGCUGGUAGGCACUGCAGGUGCAGCAACAGAACCACUGUCCAGGACCCCUAGCCCUGGCAUCCUGAAUUUGGGUUUCCGUGUCCUCAUUUGCAAAGUAGGGAACAAAUGAGAUUCUCUCAUGGCCAUGGGGGAUGGUAUUUAGUCAAAUGGCUUUAAAUGAAUAGACUACUGUGUUGAAAGGGCUUUAUCAUUUUUCCUCAAUGUCUAGAAAGUGUAUAGAUACUAUGAGAUUAUGUCCUGAUAAACCCAUCAUAAAUUGAAAAUAUUUUAUGUCAAAAAUGCUUUAGUAUACCUAGCCUACUGAGCCUCAGCUCAGCCCAACUGGUUUCUACUAAGCACAUACUGCUUUUGCAACAUCGUAAAGUUGAAAAAUUAUUAAAUUGAACCACUGUUAAGUCAGGAACUUAAUACAAGUGGGGGACUUGUAUCUUAAUAUAAGAUACGUCGGUGGGUGUUUUUACCUUUGCAGUCUUGCAAAGAGACAUUUCCCUAAGGGGAAGGCAGUUUUUCCAAGUGCCGUGAAGGAACACUUACUGUCGGUGAGCCUCUGGGGUGGGAUUGUGAGUGGGGAGGAUACGCUGGUAUUUUUCGUUCCUAUGUACUUACCAGAAGAACCCUUUCAUAAUAAACUAGAGACUCUACAAGAA